CAUGAAGGACUGCGAGUACCGGCAGAUCCCCCCGGGCACCCCGGCCGCGCCGCCCUCUUCGGCCGAGCCUCCCCGGGCAGCCUCCCUGCCGCUCCCCGCCGCCGCCCCGCCGGACCGCCAGCGCCGCAAAUGGGAGGUCUUCCCCGGGCGCAACCGCUUCUACUGCGGCGGCCGCCUCAUGCUGGCGCGGCACGGCGGCGUCUUCCUGCUCACGCUCGGCCUGGUCGUGCUCACCAGCGGCCUCUUCUUCGCCUUCGACUGCCCCUUCCUGGCUCGUAACCUGACCGUGGCCAUUCCUAUCAUUGCUGGCAUACUGUUCUUCUUUGUCAUCAGCUGUUUACUGCAGACCAGCUUCAGGGACCCUGGUAUCCUGCCUAGAGCCACCCCCAGUGAAGCUGCAGAUCUGGAGAAAUGGAUCGACAACCUGGGCACCUCCACUUAUCGGCCACCUGCCCGCACUAUGGAAGUUGUUAUAAACAAAUACAUGGUGAAGUUGAAAUACUGUUACACUUGCAAAAUGUUCCGUCCUCCCAGGACAUCCCAUUGCAGUGUUUGUGACAACUGUGUAGAGCGGUUUGAUCACCAUUGCCCUUGGGUGGGUAACUGUGUAGGGAAGCGCAACUAUCGAUACUUCUAUGCCUUCAUCCUCUCUCUCUCCUUCCUGACUGCGUUCAUCUUUGCCUGUGUUAUCACUCAUCUUACCCUACGUUCCCAGGGAAGUGAUUUUAUCACUGCUUUGAAAGCAACACCAGCCAGUGUGUUGGAACUGGUGAUCUGCUUUUUCUCAGUCUGGUCUAUAUUUGGCCUCUCAGGGUUUCACACUUAUUUAGUUGCCUCCAACUUGACAACCAAUGAAGAUCUGAAAGGGGCAUGGUCAAAUAAGGGAGGCUCUGAUUUUGCCAAUCCCUACAGCCAUAAAAGCGUCCUCACCAACUGCUGUGCAGUGCUCUGUGGACCAUUCUAUCCCAGUUUAAUAGACAGAAGAGGAUUUAUCGAGGCAGAUGCUGGGACCCCAUCCACUCCUAAGAGCGAAAUCCCUUCCUUUGGAACAAAAUCCGAUGCCAGCAUGGUAUGAUCCAUCCCUUAGCAGAGAUGCCACGUAGUGCUGUGCCUAUGUCUACCUCCGGCUGGUGCCUCUCUUCCAUUUACCAUUUUCUGAGUUCCAAACAAGGGAGCUUGUUGGGGUGGAGCUUCCAAUUUGCCCGUUUUCAAACCACAUGCCAUCAUUUCUUGCAUUGAGACAGAGAUAUUGUCAUUUGGUUUCUUUUUUAAUACAUUGGGACUUAUCUGGACAUCGUGGACUGCUGCAGUUAAGCCUCUAGAUGGACAUUACUGGCCACUUAUAGGAAAGGGGGGGGGGGUUGAUGCUGUUUGGAGCAGAGAGAGCCAUGCGCUGGGUGAAGCCAGCCCAUUCUUGAAAGCCUGUUCCAGUAACCUGUUGGGCUAUCUGCACAAAUUAGUUGAGCGGAACAUAGUCACUUGCAAAUGGAUUUGGUACGGGGGGAGUAGAGGAGCAAUCACACCACCUCCUGAACAGCACUUCAGAGCGGGUUUUUUUUUUUAAUGGUUUCUCAUCCAUGGAGGGUGGAUGUCUUAAAAGUUAUGUAUUUUCCUGCAGUCCUGAGUGAGCACUGCAAAGGUUAUUUGGCGCUUGGCGGAGCCGUAAAGAAGAUUAGAGCACUGUUUAAGGACGUGGCACUCUUUGCCCUAGUAGCAAGCGUGGCUGACGCCUCUCCUGUUUCCACUAGUGGAGGGAAGAAAGUUGCAAAGAGUAGAGGAUUCCUUAGAACGAUCAUGUGAAGAGAUGUGGGUCUGCUUCAGAUCAUGUGCACUCUGAGGACUGACCCAGAUUAGGCCUUGUUGGUUUCAGCUGAUGAAUCAGGCCUCCGGCAAGAAAGGGAACGCAGACCAGUGAAAUUCCCUGGCUAAUAGUUAGAAGAAAAUUAAGCAAAGCAAUUUACAGUUCUUAAAUGAUGUGAAGGAGAUAAGAGAUCAUUACUUUGUGCAUAUGGAUAGCAAAGCGACCAUCUUUGUAGGGGAGAACUGUUGCCUAAAGGGUUUGUUUAAGGAAGAAUUCAGGGGGACCCUGACCCAGAUAGGCUAUCCAAAACUGUUCUCUCUAGGAAACAGAGACCAUAGUCUGGCUUCUUCAUCUAUUGCCUGAAGAGGCAGGGAUUGGGUUUCUUAGUGUUGAAAUGCCUCUUGCCAUUCCUCCCAUCCUCUUCUGUAGGCCCUUAUGUAUAUUGGACUGUUGUUAAGAAAUACUUGAAAUGUGUCUAUUAAAGCUGCUGGGUAUUUUUUUGCACAUAUUUUUGUAAACUUUUCUAAGAAUUUUUUUAAAAAAUAUUUUUGCUGUAAAUAAACCUGUGGUUACCCAUUUA